GGAGAGUCGUGGAAGCUGUUCGAUCUGUUGUCUGUUGUCUGUUGCGCCGCAUUCGUGGCUCAGGAAGGGGCUUGGCGCGGAAUGACCAUGAUGUAAUAUGUUUGCAUUUGUCAUGUGAUCGGGCUUGAGGGCUGUGGCUGGAGCGAGAUGUCUUGGCAGGCACCAGCCUCAUCUGGAAAAAAACAUCGGAAGAAAUGCGGGAGAGCAACAACAGCAGCCACAACGGUCGAAAAACAUACCGCAACGGCCAAUUUGUUCGGCAGCACUGGUUGGAUUCAUGUUCCUGAUUGUCUUCCAAUCCCUGCAGUUUCGGUUUAAUUGAUCCGCCUAGCAAAGGUCAGCCAUGGCCAUCCAGAAGAAGCAUGGCAAAGGCCGCUUGGACAAGUGGUAUAAGCUAGCAAAGGAGAAGGGCUAUCGAGCUCGUGCUGCUUUCAAGUUGAUCCAGCUUAACAAAAAGUAUGGGUUCUUGGAGAAGAGCAAAGUUGUAAUCGAUCUUUGUGCUGCACCUGGCUCGUGGUGUCAAGUUGCUGCAGAAUGCAUGCCCUCACAGUCUCUAAUUAUCGGCGUCGACCUGGCGCCCAUAAAACCGAUUCCCAAAGUCAUUACUUUCCAGAGCGAUAUUACCACGGAUAAAUGUCGUGCUACGAUACGUCAGCAUCUUAAAACGUGGAAAGCAGAUACUGUUCUCCAUGAUGGUGCACCAAACGUUGGUGUAGCGUGGGUUCAAGAUGCUUUCUCUCAAGCAGAGCUCGUACUUCAGUCUCUGAAGCUCGCCACCGAAUUCCUGGUUCCAGGAGGAACAUUCGUUACCAAAGUCUUCAGGUCAAAAGAUUAUAAUCCGUUAUUGUGGGUAUUUAAACAGCUUUUUAACAACGUGGAGGCCACAAAGCCCCCUUCGUCACGAAACGUUUCUGCCGAAAUUUUCGUUGUCUGCCAAGGUUUCAAGGCCCCCAAACACAUCGACCCAAAAUUCCUUGAUCCUAGACAUGUCUUCGCCGAGUUGCAAGAUCCUACUCCAAACCACGAGGCAAAAGUGUUUAAUCCUGAGAAAAAGAAGCGGAAGCGAGAUGGGUACGAGGAAGGAAAUUACACUCAAUUCAAAGAAAUUCCCGUCAGCGAGUUCAUAAACACGACUGAUCCAAUCUCAAUUUUGGGAGAAUACAACAAGUUGAGCUUUGAGCAGUCAACUGGUGGAGACCUUGCUUUGGCAACCCUCGCGCGACUUCCAGAAACCACAAAGGAAAUUCAACUAUGUUGCGAAGAUCUCAAAGUUUUGGGGAAGAAAGAGUUCCGUAAUUUGUUGAGAUGGCGAAUAAAAGUGCGGGAAAAGUUUGGAUUAGCUGUGAAAAAAGGGCCUAGUAAACCAGAUGAGAGCGAAGAGGUAGCUGAGGUAGAACCAAUGGAUGAGGAGCUUGCAAUCCAACAGGAUCUACAACGGAUGCGGGACAAGGAGACGUCGAGGAAAAAGAAGGAACGAAGAAAGGAGAAUGAGCGAAAACAAAAGGAAAUAGUACGGAUGCAGAUGCAUAUGACAACCCCCAUGGAGAUCGGUAUCGAACAAUCUGGACCUAUUGGAGAAGGCGCUAUGUUUGCACUUAAGCCCGUUAACCGUGCCGGUGAUGUAAGCCAAAUAACAAGCGGCAAGAUGGUGCCUGUUGAAAGUGACGAUGAGGAGGACGAUUCGUCAACCAUUGAUGAGGACUCAGAUGAAGAGGAAGAUCGGUUAGAGCGCGAGUUAGAUUCCAUGUACGAACGAUACAGAGCUGAUCGGGAGGAUCGGGAUGCAAAAUUACGCGCCAAAAAAGCUCGCAAAGACUUUGAAACGGAGGAAUGGGAAGGGAUUUCUGAUUCCGAUAAAGAGGGUAGCGAGGAUACAGAUGGCGACGAUACUAGGUUGCACGAUGCAAUUCCGCGACCUGCUGUUGAUAGCAAGGGCUUGUCUAACAAAGCUGCGAUGUUUUUCGAUCAAGAUAUAUUCCAGGGCUUAGGAGACCUGGGUGAUGAAGAUGAGGAAGAUGAGGGAGGUGAGACAGGUUCUGAGGGAGAGACUGCAGCUCAGCAGCAAGAAAAUGGAGCGGAAGAUGAUGAGUAUUCUGAUGUUUCUGAGAGCGACGAUGAUAAUUCGGAGACCCAACAGCCCCCAAAGCUUGACAGGAAACAAACAUCCGAGAAACGUGAAUCCAAAAGUAAAAUGAACCCGAAGGGAAAUGAUAUAUCCCCUGACUUUGAAGAGGAGGAGAAACAAGAUCCCCGAAAGAAAAAUGGACAACUUGACAUCGACAUAAUAACAGCGGAAGCCAUGGCUCUUGCCCAACAAAUCGUCACGGGCGAGAAAACAACACAAGACGUCGUCGACGACGGAUUCAACAAGUACACUUUCCGCGACAACGACGGACUCCCCGAGUGGUUCCUAGAUGAUGAAGGCAAGCACUCCAAACCCCUACGACCAAUCACCGCCGCCGCAGCGGCCGCAAUCCGCGAAAAGAUGCGCGCCAUAAACGCGCGCCCUAUCAAGAAGGUGCUGGAAGCCAAGGGCCGCAAAAAGUUCAGGGCUGCACAGCGGUUGGAGAAACUGCGCAAGAAGUCUGCGUUGCUGGCUGAAGACGAGGCGCUGAGCGAGAAGGAUAAUGCGCAGACGAUUGCGCGCAUGAUGAGUCGCGCGAUGAAGAAGAAGCCAAAGCAGAAUGUGAAGCUUGUGUGGCGAAGGGGGCCAAUAAGGGUAUUCUGGCAGGCCCAGGGGGGUCAAGGGGAAGUAUAAGAUUGUGGACUCGAGGAUGAAGAAGGAUAUUAGGGCGGAGAAGAGGUUGGCGAAGAAGAGGAAGAAGAAUUAGGGGUUGUUCUUCUUUUUUUUAAGGAUGAUGGGGAUUUUGUUUUGUUAAUUGUCUAAAUUUAGUAUAUGGCCUACAUUCUAUGCUCACUUGCGGGAGGAGUUUAGAGUAUGGGAUGGAUAAAAAUAAGAUCAAAGAGAAUAACUAUGCUACUUCUCUCCUUCAGCUGGGCUUCAAGCUCGAAAUGAUGCUCUCAAAUCCUAAUUAAGUGCUGGCUCUGGUCGAACGGUUUGAAAAGAAAAAUGAAAAUUUAAGCGCAGGAUGCUAUCAUCUUUAUCCAUUUCUCCACUUUAAGAUAAUUUCCCCGCCCAAUAUACUUAGAAUCAAAAAACAUAUCAUCCUUAUUCAGUCAUUGUUUACUCCGUAAAUGUCAUUAGAUACAAUGAAUUUAUCAUCAUGAAGCGCAAAAGAGAGAUAGUAAUGUACAUACAUACAUCCCUGCCAUUCAGACUACUUCCAUCAGCCAUAUAUACACUUUUUUCCACAUCUGCCUCCCUCCCGAAAGUCCCACUCACCCGGCACAAUAAGUGCUCUUCCUUC